CGCAGUAAGAUGGUGAUUGUGCCUGGGUGCCCCGCACAACCAUGACGGCCGACGAUUGUCGUAACCGCGCCGCCGGUGCCGGAAGUGACAGCCUGGGCGGCGGUAGCUGCAGCCAGGGUCAGUGGGCAGCGGUGUGAGGAGCGGUUACCAUGGGAGCGAGCGGUGAAGAGGGAAGCCCAGCUGACGGCCCGCCCGAAUCCGAGGGCCCGAGCACGAAUCCAUGGAACAUCAUGAUUAAGCACCGCCAAGUUGCCCGAAGGGGUCGGAGAUCACAGAUGGCAGUGAGUUUCACCAAUCCAAACAUAUCCAUGGAUCUGUUGCGAGCUGUUCUGCAGCCUCACAUUAAUGAGGAGAUCCGUGGCGUAAUCAAUAAGUACACCAAGUUUUUCCAGAAGGCUGCAUGGAAUGUGAAGGAGAAUAUUGGUGAAGAUGUAGACCCUGAGCAGCUGGUGCAAGAGACCUGUAAAAACUGUUUGGAACAGGCUAAAAUGAUGUACUCGGAUGGAGGGAAGAUGCUUACCAAAGCCAUUGGAGACCUUUCUGCCUCAAAGCGAUCACGACAGAUGGAAGAUGACUUGAGCCAGAGAGGGAGUCCGGUCCUGAAGAAGAGGAAAGGAAGACCACCAGGACAUCUGAUUUCAUUUGACCGGACAGCUCCGAAUGCUAUUGUCUCAAAAGUUAAGUACACUGAGCCAAUAAAACGGGAAGGACCCAAGUGGGACCCAGCCAGACUAAACACAUCAACCACAUUUGUGCUUGGGUCGCGUGCUAACAAAGCCUUGGGAAUGGGUGGCACUCGUGGAAGAAUCUACAUAAAGCAUCCUGAGCUAUUCAAGUACUCUGCAGACUCACAGGACAAGCACUGGCUUGGAGAGAAGCACCAUAUGCCAGCCACAGGUGGCAAAAUGGCCUACCUGUUAAUAGAAGAUGAUAUUCGAGAACUGGCAGCCAGUGAUGACUACAGGGACUCCCCUGAGCUGAGGCUGGAUGAACUCCGGCCAUUUAUUGUUCCCAUGUGGAUGCUGGAGAAGAUGCAGAAAUACAUGAUAGCUGUACGGACGGAGAAGGAGUAGGAAGCUCAGCUGAGAUGGGGAGGGAAGGAUGUUGAGGGAGGAAAUUUUUAUUGCCAGGAUUGGCUAGUGUCUGGUGGUAUAUUUAAGUCCUUUGAAGGGACUGGAUGUUCCUAGUUUUGAUCAUUAGUCUUCCUGAAAGUGAUCCUUGCAGCAGGAUCGACAAAUGAGCACAAAGCAUGGAAAAGACCAGGGCCAGUCAUUGUGUGAAACAAGUUUAAGUUGUGUCCCUGUGUAUUUGUGCCCUGUAAAGCCUGUGCCUAAAGCUAUCUGAGGUGUCCAGUUGGGUCCUGAAGAAACUGCCCUCUGUGCCUGGCUGUGUCUCAAUAGCUUUAACAAUGAUAGCAACUGUUCCAAACUCUGUUGUGAUGGGAGGGACUGUCACACUUUGCAGAGUUGCAUGCUAUUCUCCAAGUGAAUGAAUGCAACCUUUUUAUCUGUUCAGUAAUAAUUGUGUUAAUUAUCAGUAGUUUAUCAGUAAUGGCGAGAUUGUGACCGAAUAGCUCUGGAGCUUGUGUAGUUACAUCAGGAAUGUGGCAUUAGAAUAGAUGACUGUGUAAAAGGUGUGAUUACACAUAUUAAAGUCUAACCCCAUCAACUUGAUGAAUAUAAAACUCCAGUCUGAUUUUCCCAUCACGUCUAAUUCAUAAGUCUGGAAUUCUUCAACCAAACUGUCCAGUCCUCUUGGAAUGAUGUUACAAGCUUUUCGUACUGCAGUUGUAUCCAGCACCCAGGCAAUGUGUACUGUAAGAUUCUUUGUGAAUCGAAACUUGUGAAUUUUCAAUUGUGCAAGCUUAGAUGUGUGGCUUGAUUAGUUAAUGCCGGAUAUUUCCAUUAAGCUGAUGUGGAUCAGAAACAAGCUUCUACUGUGCUUGUCUAUUUAACUCUCCAAGUUUGGAGAUUUGUGUCUUCCUAAUGCUUUUUGUCAAUUAAAAGUUGUAUUUUUUCCC